GAUAUGCGCUGCAGGGUGUGCUUCGCAAGAAUAGCGGCGAGACGCUCUGGGGGAAGGCAGCGCCGGAGACCGUGGUGUUUGCGGAGCACGGAGUUCGCUAUGAGGUCCUGGAGCGACAUGGCUGCAGUCGCAAGGCCAAGCUGCGACAUGGCCACAAGACGGGCUUCUUCCUUGACCAGCGCCCAAAUCGGAAGCGGCUUCGAGAGCUCGCCGAGGGCAAGGAUGUGCUGGACCUCUUCAGCUACACCGGCGGCUUCGCCCUGGCGGCGGCCAUGCAGGGCGCUGCCACCUGGGCGGUGGACCAAGCGCCCAAGGCCAUGGAGGAAUGCCGCCGCAACUUUGCCUUGAACGGACUGGACGCCAAGGUGUGCAGAAGCUUCGAUCAAGCAAGUGAUGCCAAGCACGCGCUAUUUGUGGAGGACUGCUGGGACUUCUUACGCCGAGCUGCAGAUGAAAAGAAGCUCUUCGACAUUGUGGUCUUGGACCCACCUUCCAUGGCCCCGCGUGCAUCUGCACGACCACAGGCACUGAAGGCUUACGGCACCUUGAACCAGGGCGCUUUACGCGUGCUGCGCCCAGGCGGCCGGCUGAUCAGCUGCUCCUGCAGCUCUCAUAUCACGCGCAAAGAUCUGCUGAACGCAGUGGAGGCGGCUGCGCGUCAGAGUGGCUGCCAGCUUCAGCUGGAGGAGGAAGGCCGCCCGGCGGCCGACCAUCCGGUCCGCAAAAGCUUCCCAGAGGGCGACUACCUGCAGGCUUUGCUGCCCCCCGGGAAGAAGAUUUGCUUCGACUUUGCUGGCGGCAACUGCGCACAUGGCGAUUCAUGCCAUUGGUACCAUGCGGAGGAGAGGGAGCUUCGGGAGGCCCGGCGCUUGCUGAGGCAGAUACAGUGCAAGCACGGGGCAAACUGCCUUGUUGGACAUUGCGUGUUUGGCCACGCGGCAGAGGCCCGACAUUCUGAUUGGAGGGAUUGGAACAAUUGGAGCGGGACACAGCAGGUGCCCUCCGGCACUGAAGGCUCUGAGUCUGAGACCGAUCUAUCCCAGAUCGAGACCGAUGGUUCCUCGACAUCCGCUAGUAACUCGGAGGCCAGUCCGAGUUGUGCUGAUGCAGAAGCAAGCGCGACAAGGCAGCAGUUCUUGCAGACCAAGUUGGCGCCGGUUCUGAUCUUCCAAGGCCCCGGCAUUUGCGUCGUGAGCAAACCGGCAGGUUGGUCCGCCACUGCCCACGGCUGCUCAGAGGACCAGGGCCAACCGCUGGGGCUGAAGGAUCUGCUGUGCAGCGGCUGCGUGGAGCCACUCUCACGACAUCCAGCUUCUCCUGUUGGGCAUUGGAAGGCAUUCCUGUCCCCGAGCGCUCUGACAUCUGGCCCAGCAAUUCUGGUGCAGACUGGCCACGCAAGGCGCCGUCUGGCGCGUGCCUUCACUACCGGCCGCGUGGUGACCUACUCCUUGGCCUUGGUGGAGGGGAAGCUGGACCCAGAGCGCUCCUUCGCGGCGUGCCGCCGUGAGGAUGGGAUGCUGGAGGUGUUGGGAAUCGCCGGCUUCCAGCGCGUCUCGAAAGAGACUUGGGGUGGAGAGGCCAGUUGUCAGAGCUACACCCUUGUCUUGGUCAAGGCUGCUGGCUCGGCCUUGGGCGGUGAGCGGCGGCUGCUGCAGCUGGCUUGGGGCACCGCCGCAGUGGGCGACGUGGACUUCGGGGCCAGGACAGAGCAGUGCUUUGGAGGGCGCCCGUUCUUCCACUGCCUCGCCACGCUGCUGGCCGAUCCCUGGUGGUGGGCGGACACCACCUAUCCGGCGAUCAUGGUCUGCCCUUUUCCCGAUGACCUUCGCUCAGCGCUGUCUCAGCUGGAUGUCUCGGAGCCCUUGGCCCUGCAGGAAGGCAAACCACGGGACGAGAAGGCCGAGAAGCUUCUGGCCUCAGCCACGUCCAUUGGCGCUGCAGUCAAGGAGGCGCUGGUGAAGCGGGGCUUGCUGCCUGCUGAGCUGACGGAAAGCCUAGGCGUGCCAGCCACCUGCGGGGUGGAGGCGGAGAGGCGGCCACCGCCAGAUCCGACACCCUAUGGCAUGGACAGGUGGGAGAAGCCUCGUUGGGAGCAAGAUGUGCCGCGGUCUCGCUGGAUUGUGAGCUUCCUGCAACAGGCAGUGGCAGGUGCUGAGGAGUUUCAAGUCCCGAUCCAAGCAGAUGGAUGGGUCUUCGCCCUGGACAUCUUGGGGCGGUUCCCUCAGCUGGCUGAGGCGUGCUGGAGCAAUGUGCACAUCUUGUCUCGGCUCCUGGCCAAAGACCCGAUCAGGUCGCUGGAGGUGAAGGUCGUCCGGAACCGGGUGGCAAUGCGGCGUGUCUCUGCCAUGGAUCGGCUCCAAGCCUUCGUGGAGGCCUACGUCUCCGGUCUUCCUCCCGAGACCAAGCUGCCAGUUGCAGAGUUGCUUUGCAACGAACACGUGAAGCGCCUUUUCAAUGGGGUGGAGCUGCCUGACAACCCCGAGAAGUCGCUCUUGAGGUGCUUGAGGCCCUGUGCGCUCUUCGACCCAGAGCCCAAGGCCUCGCACCUCACUUUGCGCCCGGCGCGGGAGCGGCUCCGCCUAGGCCUCGAGGGGCUGCUUGCGAGUCCCGAAGGCGGCUUGCACCAGAAGAUUGAGCAAGGCCAAGGUUCUGUGUCCCUCUCGUGGCUGCUGCGCCACUUCGGCAAGCAACUCCUGGGCAGCGUCCGGCUGACGCCGCAGCAAGUGCGUGAAGCCUUGAGCAGAUCAGAGGAGCUGGAGUUCGACUGUUUGAGCUUCACCGUGCCGGGGGCGAAGAUGGCGAGCGCAUGCGGGGCUGGCAAAGGUCCUGGCUGCCAGAAGCCCAGCGAGUGCCAGAGCUCGGAGCAGGAUCAUGCCGGCGCUCUCCAGUUCGUGCAGGUUUUCCCAGAGGCGAAGAGUUGGCACGUCCUUCUGCUUGACCCUGGCAGGAAGGAGGCCAUCGUCUCAAGACCUCAAGUCUCCACACAGCAGCUUCUGUCCGAGCUUCGGCGGUGGCUGCAGCUCAAGGCACACUUCUUUGUGCGGCCGCAUCUGUCCACAGUUGCGAUGAUGGACUUGGACAACUUCAAGGGGAGCUUGGACCGAGUCCUCAAGUUGCAGCCGAGAGUUGUGGUGGAAACUUCUCACAAGUGCUUCCAGGUUUGGCUGACCUUGGAUGACAGGCCUAGCAGCAAAGAUGCCGCGACUGCCACAAAUGCGUUUGGGGCUGACAUGCGGAGUGCGAAGGUGUCUCAGGUGGGUCGCCUGCCAGGACCCGUCAACUGGAAGCCCGGGAAGGAGUACUACAAGCUGCUCACGGUGACCAAAGCACGUGAGCAUGAGAAGGCGAAGGAGGAGUUUUCCAAAACACAGUGGCAGCAGCCUUUGAGGCCUGGGGCGCCAGCCUUGGCUUUGCCGUCUGAGCACGUGAAGAGCUACCAAGCCAUGCUGGCCCAGCAAAGCUGUCCGGUUUGGGCCUGGGACAUCGACUUCAAGAGUGCCACAUUGCAGGCCGUCCAGAACAUCAUGCUCAGAUUCUUUGCUGGGCACGAGCUCCCGGUUGUCACGUGGACUGACAACGGGGGCCAGUUCCGGAACGUCUACAACCGCAUCCUGGAUGCAGCGCAUGGUGGUCAGCGCCAGCGCCUGCUAAGUGCGGUGGUAGCGCCCUCUGGCGCAGUCUCCGCCCAGUUGAGAGAUGGGCGCGUCAAACGCUUCACAGUUCAGCAGGUGAGCCAAGGCUUUGUAGAAGUGGUGGACGACGAGAGCGGGGCCACAUGUUGGAAGCACGAGAGCAACCCGAAGGCAAUGCCUCGUCUUUCUUUCCAGUGCAUCGCGGCCAAGACUGACGGCGCCUGUCUGUUUCGGGCGUUGAACAUGGGCCUGCAAGCUCUCAGCGGGGUGGCGCCUGCGGGGCUGGACGACAACAAGGAGCAGUCGCUGGAGCUGCGCAAGGGCAUCCUGCUGCACAUGCGCACGUGCAACGAGCGCAGUGGGCCGGCUGGCAAGGACAUCCUGAAGGCGCAGGUACUGGUAGAGAUGCAAGAGGACCUGCUGCGGCAGGAGGAGCAUCAGGGACACUUCUCGUGGGACGCCUACUUUGAGUACAUGUCCAAGCCGCACACCUACGGCACUUGGGUGCACGCGCAAGCGUUUGGCACCGUGCGUGGCGUGGACUUGGAGGUCUAUAGUCUGGACAACGGCGAGACAAAGCUGAGGAGGGCGGAGGAUGGGACCAUAUAUGCAAACACUCUGAUUUGA